AUGGUGAUGGCUUUAAAAGAGAUUUCAAUCCGAGGUGACUUUCGUACAACAGUGGAAUACUUGGUGAAACUCUUGGAGGAAGAACAAUUUCAAACUAACAAAUUUGACACGACAUGGCUUGAUCAUCUGAUUGCUGAGAAAGUGCAGGUAGCUCGUGCAACCAUCUACACCACAGAAUAAAGACACGCAGAAGGUCGACUCAGCCAAAAAAGCGUAACCGCUGCCACGCCAUGAUUCGUCAUCAAAAUGCUGACGCCAUGGUCCUAGCCAGUGCGCUUAUGAAAGGCAUUCCCCCUGGAUGUCCGCCAUUUUGAAUAUUAUCAAGGAGUGAAUGCCUCUCAUGGCUAGGACCAUGGCGUCAGCAUUUUGAUGACGAGUUACGGUUACGCCAAAAUCAUAGGAAAAUCCUAGAAGUCGAUCUUCUGUUUGUCUCUAUUCUGUGUCUGUACUAUUUGAAAAAUUCGUUGUAAAAUCAUGUGACAUAAUCAGCAACAAAGUUCGUCUUCCACAUUCAGCAACAUCUGAAAUCAGCCCGAUCACAAUUCUAGUGUUCUGGAUGAAUAAGAGAUGAUGGAACUGGUAGAGCUAGCCAGUAUUGAUUAAUACAGUUUAGUUCAGUCAAUACUUAGGCUAUGAUACGAUCUUUCUGUCCUAUUUUUAGGCGGAGAAACCAGACACAAUUCUUGCUGUAAUCUGUGGAUCAAUUCAUGUCGCUGACUCUCAUGUUAACAAGAGAUUUUCUAGUUUUCAACACGGCUUGGAAAGGUACGUGGAAAGGGUUGGAUUAUGUGGGGUGGGGGAGGGGGGGGGUUAGGGGGUUACCUCGUCAUACAAUCGGACUUACACAAUGCGUCACUUACUUGUUGUUUAGAGGUCAAAUUCUAGGGGGGCAUUUCUGUCUUACAAUCGGAUCUCUACACAAUGCGUCGCUACUUGUUGUUUAGAGGGGGGGGGGUUAGGGGGUUACCUCGUCAUACAAUCGGACUUACACAAUGCGUCACUUACUUGUUGUUUAGAGGUCAAAUUCUACCAGCACAUAUGCUGACAAACACGGAAUGUGUGGAACUUAUUUAUGACCAUGAUAAAUAUUGUGUGAAGGCAAGUUGUUCAUUUCUUUACUGUUUUAAUACGUUUUCUUCUUCUGUGCCUAUCUUAUAAUUUAAUUUUUUUUAAAAAAAUACUUUCAGGUUUCUAGAAUGGGUCCAAGUCUUCAUUUCCUGGAAAUGAAUGAUUCGUCGGUCGAAGUGGAUGUUCACAGGUAUUGUUGUCUUCGUGAAAUUGCCUGCGAGAAAGCGUAGUUCUUUAUUUGUGGUUGAACUCGACAACUGGACUCUGUAGCUCAAUGGACCAUUCCCCAAUUAACCAAAAUUUUGAUCUCAACAAGUCUAGACAAAAUUCCAUCAUAGCAUGAAAGAGCAUCACAAAAUUAGUAAUAUUCCAAAGUUUCGUUGCAAAAUGUUGUAAAAUGCGGAUAAUAUAGCCUUGCGAAGUUUGCCGUUUUUCAGUCAUUUUGUAUUACGCACAGAAGUGGUAACCGUUUCUUCCAGUUUGUAAUCUAAAAUGACUGAAAAUUGCAAACUUCGCAAGGCUAUAUUAUCCGCAUUUUACAACAUUUUGCAACGAAACUUUGGAAUAUUACUAAUUUUGUGAUACUCUUUCAAGCUGUGAUGAAAUUUUUGUCUAGACUUGUUGAGUUCAAAAUUUUGGUUAAUUGGGGAAUGGUCCAUUGGUUAUAGCGCUGCACUGAGAUCGCAUGACUGCAUGUGCAGUAGAGGGAUUCAACGGAAACCUUGCCAUAACGAAACACAAUAGUGCAAGGGGUGCAGACACAAUGGAAUAGGCAAUUCCAGCUAUCGAUUAAUUUUUUAUCUAGACAAGAAAGACGAAAUAUAUAAUUAUAGCUCAAAAGAGCAUCCUAAAAUUAGUAAAAUUGCAAAGUUUGGUUGCGAAAUGUUGUAAAAUACGGAAAAUAUAGCCAUGUGAAAUUAGCGAAUUUUCAGUAUUUUAGUAUUACGCGCGGUAAAAAUAACCACUUUCGGCUCAGAAAUGUUAUACAAUUCCCCAUUAUAGACUAAUUUUAUAACUAGGCAAGGAGAUGCAAAUAAAUCACCACAGCUAGAAAGAGCAUACUAAAAUGAGUAAAAUUGCAAAGUUUGGUUGCGAAAUGUUGUAAAAUGCGGAAAAUAUAGCCUUGCAAAGUUCGCAAAUUUUGUAUACUUUUGUAUUGCGUGCGGAAAUUGAUACCAAAUUUGGGUCGAAAAUGGUAGCAAUUUCCGCACGCAAUACAAUAGUGUACAAAAUUUGCAAAUUUGCAAAGCUAUAUUUUUCGUAUUUUACAACAUUUCGCAACCAAACUUUGCAAUUUUACUCAAUUUACUAUGCUCUUUUUGCAUCUCCUUCCCCAAUUUUAAAAUUAGUCUUUAAUGGGGAUUGUCUAUUAUGCAUCGCCCCAGUUCAGCUAUUCUUCCACUUUGUUGUUUUUUUUCAGACUAAGUGACGGUGGAUUAUUGAUUUGUUUUGAUGGAAGUUGUUACACCACGUAUAUGAAAGAAGAGGUGGACAGGUGAGCGCUGACCACUUCAUUUUAGAGUUGUGCUGACUAGCUUGUAUUAAUCACAAAGCUUCAUAACAAUAUUUUAAAUAACAUUGAUAACAAUAUUUAUUCAGGAAACCAACAUCACAAGAAGUGUUUUUCAGAUGGUUCUUGCAAAACAUUAAAUACAAAGUAUACAAUAGUAUAUAGAGUGUUCGUGCAGUAUUUACAUAUUGGUAUAUGGAUAUAUAUGAUAUACCAGAACAAUUAUGAGACUAUAGGAUACAUGAUGCUAUACAUAUUUACAAGGAUACAAAGAGUUAGUAAGUUAUAUUCACAUAUACUGCGGACUCAUGUGAAACGUGUCAGUUGGACGCUGUACCAAAAGUUGUGCUCUGGUUUCCUCCCGCAAGGAAUGUUGACAGGGUGGGCUGGGGUUAACCAUUCAACUACCUUAUGACUCAUAUCUGAUCAAACUUCAGAGGUUUGUUGUCAAUUGGGGCUUUGCAUGCCCUGUUUCUUUCUCCUGUUGUCACUGACAGGCGCCAAAUUCAGAGGCGCCCUUAGAAAGCCUUCGACUCGACGAGGUUGAGCUGCGUCCAUCGUAAUUCAGCUUAGCUCUCAGCUGUAAGUAAGGGUGAUUAUCACACAGCCCACAUACUAUUUUAUUUGAUUGUAGAUAUCGUAUGACAAUUGCUGGCAAGACUUGCGUUUUUCAGAAACAAAAUGAUCCCUCCAAGUUGAGGUUCGUAUGUGUUAGAAAACAUCCACGGGCCUGUUGUUCAAAGCCGGGUGGAUUAAAGCUAACCCUGGGUUCAAAUUUAACCUGCUGUUUCAGUUUGUGUAUUUCUACACGUCUGUUUAUUUCAAAACUUCAGAGAAGAAAACUCCUCUUGAUCCAGACAAAAUCUUUGAAGGAAUAUUUCCAAGUUUAUAAAGAAACUAUUGGGAAAUUUGUUUGAAUUUUAAAUUAACCUAAGGUUAAAUUAACCAGCUUUUGAUGUUUGACCCAGUUAUAAACAAACACGAAAAUGAACACACAAGACACAGACAGGUAGAAACAAUUGCAAAGUAUACUGGACAAGGAGUAAUGUUGUCUCCAACAUAUUAUUUCAGGUCACCGUCUGCUGGUAAACUCAUCAGCUACACAGUUGAAGAUGGAGGUCAUGUAUUUCAGGGAGAAACCUACGCUGAAAUUGAG